UUAGAUUUACAAAGACAAACAAGAGAACAAUUAUUAAUACAAUACAAUAUGGAUAAAAAGGGUAACAAUGUUAGGCCUACAAAGGUAACGUUUAUUGGAACCCGUAAUGUUAUAGUUGAAGCUAAGGACUUCAAGUCUAUGGUGCAAAACUUAACGGGAAAGAACUCUUCUGUCGCGUGGGUUAAAGGACCUUCUUACGCUUUUUCUCUAAGUGGGAAUAAGCGUAAGGUAGAUCCAGGGCUAGAGCUGCAACCACAACAACGACAACCUAGUGAUGGCAGCGCUAGCCAUGGAGGGAAUGAUUUUGUUGAUUGUAGUUGCGAUGUUGAUGGUGGCUUCACUUGCUUGUCGACGGCUGAUCUUGAUGAGAUGUUACGAGGAUUGCCUCUCAUGGAAGAGUUACAUAAUUGGGCUCAAAACGAUGUAAACAACUAGCUACUACAUGCAUAUAUACGCUUAUUCUUAUGCUCCAUG